AUGCUGUUCCCCGCGGCUGUGCGCACUUUGGCAGGACUUGCCACAGCCACAAUGGUGCUGGCGCUGCUACCUGUGAGCUGCAGCGAGGCGCCAGCGGCCCAAGACGAGCCCUCACUGGAAACUCGAUUUGAAGUUUCAUCUGAGGCGUACCCAACCCCCAAGGCGCCGCCUCCCACAGAGGUCACUCGAGCCACGAGAGAAGAAGGAGACAACGCGACUGUGGUGGCCUCUCCUGAAGCCUUGAAGGAGAAGCUGCAGGCAAAACAAGCAGUGGUGUCGGCAUGGGAAAGUCGCAUCGGCUUGCUGUUGGAGAAUGUGGCUCAAGAGAAUGCCAAGAAGAAAGAACCCUUCAUGACAGGGGAGAAAGGGAUCAAAGUCGUUUCCCUCACAUUUUUCUCAGUCGCCUUUGUGGCCCUGCUCUUCAUGUUCCUCUACGAAUUCAAGAGCCGUCCUCCCUCAGCCGACACAAUCUUCGCUCCUACCGUUCAGCCUCAGGAGGUACCUGAGGCUGUGUCAGGUCUUCUUGCAGCAAACAAGACAGUUGUAUUCCUUGCGGAUGACUGCCCAGUCUGCCUGACGGGCAUCAGGGACUUGCAGAAGCAUGGACAGAGCCCCGUGGUAGUCCUUCUCAUGGGCCAUCGGCUUGAACGCCAAGUGCGAAGUUACUUGCAGGAUCACUACAGCGUCCGUCGAUUGCCCGCAAUCUUCUUCGAGGGUGUCCCCUUUCUAGAUUUCGCCAGCGCUACGGCAGAUCAGGGACUGCCGUCCAUUUCCGCACCAAAGCCGCGAUUGUACGCUCCGAGGGGCUGGACUGCUAGGAUUUUGGAAUAG